AUGUCCUACAUAUUGCACAAUAAACCAAAUGAAACGGGUAUUCCUAGGGCUAGUGCUUUUUUUAAGCCUCACCCGGACUACCAACCUGGGUAUGAGGCCGGUGGAAACUUCAUUGAUACUGUCAACGUUUAUCAGAACGAGCAGUCAGAAGAAUGGAUUGGUGAAUGGGUUGAGGCGAGCCAAAACCGGGACUCGCUAGUUCUAGCCACCAAGUUUACGAUGGACUACCGUAGCCAUGCUAUUGGCAAGGGCCCCCGAGCUGCCAACUUUGCGGGUAACUCCCGCCAUAGUAUUCAUGUUAGUAUUCGUGAUUCGCUAAAGAAGCUACGUACCGACUAUAUUGAUAUCUACUACGCUCACUACUGGGACUUUACCACCUCGAUCAAAGAGGCCAUGAAUCCCCUCCACAUUCUCGUCAAGCAGGGCAAGGUUCUAUACCUAGGAGCAUUAGACACCCCCGCCUGGAUUGCGGCCGCCGCUAACACCUACGCUAUCGACCACGGGAAAACUCCCUUUAGCAUCUAUCAAGGACGUUGGAACCUUCUUAAUCGCGACUUCGAGCGUGAUAUCAUCCCUAUGGCCCGUCAAUUUAGCAUGUCUCUUGCACCUUGGGAUGUUCUUGGUGGAGGCAAGUUCCAGUCGACGGCCAAACUCGAGCGCCGUAAGAGUGCUGGAGAAGGCCUGCGUGCCUUCGCCGGCCGACCUCCCCACGAGACCGAAGAAGAGAUUAAAGUCAGCGAGGCUUUGGAAAAGGCCGGCAAUGUGUUCCCUCUGAUCGGCGGCUGCAAGGUCGAACACCUCAAGGAUAACAUUCGGGCCCUGAGUCUCAAGCUGACCCAGGACCAAAUCAUGCAUCUAGAGGGUCAAGCCCUUCGACCCCGGCUUCCCGCAUAA